AGCUAUACUGACGCCCUCGGAGGCAAUUUUUAGGCACCUGAAUAUAUGUCGAAUUCUCUAGACGGAGAACGGAUACCGUCGUCGGAUCAGCGCCGUGACGACCAACAGUCCCAAGAAUGGGAGACCAUGGCUCGAGCCUGGCUUUGUGCGUUCCCCGAGGCAAAAGCCGUAAGCGUCAGCCAAGUCGAAGCCUGGGUCGACUCCAACCACAGCUCGCUACCGGCCGGCCUGCAAUCCAUGCCUCGCUCGGAGCUCAUCGAGAAGUUCCUCUCCAUUCAAAAUUACAUGAGAAUGCCUUCUGAGCAUGACAAAGAACCAAGUCAGGUUGACAUUCAUCCAGCUCGAUUUCAACGCACUGAUCAGUGGAGACCAGUUUACUCUUGGUUAGAGUCCUUGGACACAGAUGAAGUGGUCAAAUCUAAAGAUAUAUCUGACUGGUUAAAUGAGAAUGCAACAGUCAAAGAAGAUUUAUGCACUAGACAUUCUCGAUAUCAUUUGAUGCAUUACAUCAAGAAGUGCCAUCUGAAAAUACUGAAGAGGAAGGAAAAGAAGGUUGGCAUGCAGCCGUCCAACAAGGAAAGUGCUUUGAAAGUGCAGAAGGAUGUCAUUACAAAGCAACCAGCAACACUUUCCAGCAAUCCUUUUAGUAACUUACCCAAGGACAGUGAUCUCUAUGUGGCAAAACGAAAUGAAGCUUUAAGCAAAUACAAGAUCUUACUUGAGUUGGAAAAGAAGCUCAUCCCCGUGUUCGCCAAGCAGAAAUGAAUGCAUCUUAAAACAACAGCAAAUGUCUGCUUAAGGGUCCUAGACAGAAGUGACUACCAUUGGAGGUUUUAACCUAUUCGUUUAUCCAGUAUCAUCCUUGUAAAUUUUAGGUAAUAUUUUAUAUUUCGUGAAUGUCAAUUUUAAAGAACUUAUAAAAAGUUAUUUUCCACAGACCCCAAAACCUCCAAGGUCAUCUCCAUUGGCCCCAAGUGGGUGUCU